UCUUAUGACUGGCAUUACUUAUUUUUGGGGAUUACACUAUGAUCAUGUUUUAGGUAUAGUAUGUCGCAUUCUGAACACUCAUAACUAUCAUGCCUAAGCUAACUAAGAUGUUUUCUUCACAAGGACAUCUACCAGAUUUACUGUCGGACAGGCAGGCGCAUGCACACAGUCAUUAACCGUCUCUAAUUACCUUCACUCCCUUUUAAGGAGACAUCGUAAGACCACAUGUUUUCUCAAGAAUCACCGGGAGGCAAGAGCAAGUCGGGCGGCAUUCUCAGCCCCGUGACUACCAGAUGUGUCGACACCCCAGAAACAGAUGUGUAAGGGUGUAUACCAACACAGCCAGACGGACUCUCACCCAGGCCGUGAACCGCCACACACCGAUGACUUUCAUUUGAGGGGAAAUCACUUGGGCAGGAACGGUAAAAGCAGAUAAAGGGGUGGGACCAGGUGAGGGCGUGUUGUAUUAUAGGCUUUCAGACCCAAGGACCUGAGAGAGACCCUCUGUACAGAGAAUCAUGACAAGACAGAGUUUGCGACAUCUGUAAGAGCCACGUCUACAUAUUUUGACCCUAUGGAGGGAUUUAAGGAUCCAAAAUGGACCCUGAGGGACCUGAAUGAGAGGCUUAAAGGUUUCGUGGAGCAUGUCAAUCUGUUGGAACAGUCGAACCGCAACCUCGAGCAACAAAUUGCGGAAUGGGGAAAGCGGAAUGCCGCUCCGCCACGGGACUUGUGUGGCAAGGAGGCGCUGGCACAGGAACUAAGAACUCGGGUCAGUAAGAUGGUGACGGAAAACGCAGAGGUUCUUUUGCAAUCCAAUGCUUUGAAACUCAAGGCCUUGCGUUUACGGGGCAGGUGUGAAACCGAAGAGAAAUUUCGCCGUCUGAAGGAACAGCAGGUGUCACAGCUGAAAAUAAAAAAGAAAGAAGUGGAGUUGACUAACAAAAUGCUGGAAAAACAGAUGUCACAUUUCAAACAUGAGUUACAGCAAAUUACAGAAGAACAAGAGAAGGAGCUGGAUCAGCACCAGAGACGAGUAAUACUGGAGUGUGAUCGAGUGCAAGCGCAGGUUGCUGCAGGGGAGAAUGGCAGAGGAAUGGAUCUCUCCCGGACCAGCACCCAGUCCGACCACUCCAGCCCAUCUUCCAGCAGCCCUGACUCGGCAACAUCACCAAAUCCAGCUCCAGGCUCCGGCCCGGCAUCACGGACGAGACCCAGAAAGGAUGCAGCCGGCACAUUUACACCACAGGUGAGGGCAGGUGAUGAAGCCCUGAAGGAAGCCCGAGCUGAACUCACGGAUGCAAGGAAAAGAUGGCAUCGCCUCCAGGUGGAGAUCGAAUCGCUACAUGCCUUGGAGAAAGGUCUUCAAAGCUCCUUACGUCACACUCAGCAGCAGUACUCCAUGCAACUCGAGGAUCUCUCCAAAUCCGUGAAGAGCCUGGAAUCGGAGUUGGAAACGGUGCGGGAUAGUUUGGAGGUCCAACGGCAGAACCACAUCCAGCUUCUCAACACCAAGAUGAGGUUGGAGAAAGAGAUCGGCACCUACAGAAAACUCCUGGAGCAUGAGGAGGGCAGGUUUUUCAGUUCAGAUGGGGUAAAGCUGAAGCCAUGGAAAGGGUCUGUCUGCGCUCUUGAGCAGAAUGGUUUGUCCAACGGAUGUGACGAGGAGAUCCCUCUGACCGCUUCCAUAGAAAAAACAGCAACUUCAAAAAGUCCAGCUCUUCAACGCCAGCAAAGCCUUGUCACUUUGACAGAUGCUACUGAAAGCCAAGACGGCGAGAUCAUCAGCACUGUGAAGACUCAGGAAGUUCUUGAAGGAAAUGUUGUCAGAGAAAGCGCUGAGGGUCACGGAAACGUUGAGACAGAAAAGAUUGACAAGGUGAUCAGGCAGUGGGAAGGUUCUUUCUUUCAAGGAAAUCCCAAACUGAGGAAGAAAUCGGUGUCUUUGCGGUUCGACCUCCACAUGGCCGUAGCGGACGAGGGGUGUGGCCAGACAAAAGAGGACAGUCUGCCGAACGUGGAGGUCCGUUUGGUCAUGAGACGAUCCCGCAGCAUACCCACAUUUGCCCAGUGAUGUCAUCACGACUGUGACGUGACAAUGCCGCUGCAUUAUAAUUUCGUAACAGCGUCUCCAUGACAACAUCUCAGCAGUGAUGCCUUGUGACAUCAUAGAACUUUUGUCAUUUGAGAGAAAAAAGCAUCAUUGUUACUUAAAAAAAAAUCCUAAUUUGAUUAUUAAGAACCUGCUGCACAUAGAGCUACUUUGAGAGAUAUUUAACCAAAUUAAUUUGUAACUGAUUAAGUUUUUAAUUAUUUACUUCAAAUGCGUACGAAAUGGUUUGUGUAUAUUGCAGCGUUAUAUAUUUCGUACAAUGUGACUUGAGUCUCUUGCCACAAUACUUUUGUUUUUUGCUCAUUAAAGUAUUUAGAAUCUAGAAAAAAAUUAGACUUUAAAUAUUAAGUUUCGAAGUAGAAAUGAAGUUUGGUGAAAAUUGUGCAGUGAGUGCAGUCCAACACAAAAUGCCUUUUUCUGUUUGACAAAUGUUACUGAAAAUCAUUUUACACUUGGCUGAACUCAGACUUAGAUCUGGUUCUGCGGGUUCUGAGAGUGAACCAAGACGAAACGUUGUAAAAUUGCAAGUUUAGCAAAACUUAGCAAUAAAACGGGAGAUUUAUGUUGACAAAUUACUGUCUGCACGAUGACGUUUACAGUUUAAAGUGCCAGCCUAGAUGCGCAGAAGGCACGAGAAGAUCGACAAUAAAUCACUUUAAUGCAUUGAAAACAUUUGCUUUCACACUGGGCUGUAAAAAUCAUAUUGCUGCAUAUGGUUUAUGCUUUAUUCAAAGUGCAAACACUGUGUCUUCCUAAUCUAAAAUUAUGCAGGAUUACUUUCAAAAAAGUUGAUAUGCAUAUUAAAUGCAUUAAUCAUUUAAAUAAAUUGAUUUAUGAAUUUAAUAUGUUCUACCUCUAAUAGUUGAAUUGUAAAUAUGGGAAAAUUAGUAAAAACAGGAAUCUUUCUGAUGCAACUACAAAUAUACAUUUAAUUUAAAGUUAUAUUAAAUCUGUUUCUUUCAGCUCAUCUAUUCAGCUCUUUAGUUUCAUGUUAAUCUUCAGUUUUCAUGUUAUUAUCUCUUAACAGAAGAAUUGUGGUUUAUUUAAUGCAAAAAAUGCUUCUGUUAUAUACAUCAGGUAAAAGUAGGAUGUUUAACUCUUUUAUCCUGCACAUCUCACAUGCACUUUAAAAGAUUUUCAGCAACAUAUUUCCUUAAUCUUGUUGAUUCUUCACUGUAUUCAACGUUUUCUUUUGACUGCAACAAAUGCUUUAAUGACUGUUAUUUUUGUUACACACUUUUAAAUCUGUAUUUGCUCUGCCCUGCUAAAUGAUUUGGCUUAUAUGUUGUAUGAGAAAUGCUAAUAAAGCUAUUAUUAUUUCUGAA